AUGGUAGCUGACGUUGCGCGAAGCAAGUUUACUACCUUCGGCAGAGCGUGUAGAGUUUCCGAGAACAAAGUGCUUUGUCAUCCGUCCUCGGUCGACAGCAUUCCAACCAGCUGCAAUCAGGAAGAUCACGUCAGUAUGGGAGGAUUCAGCGCUCGAAAAGCGCUUACUGUCGUCGAACACGUGGAAGCUGUACUCGCUAUGGAGCUGUUGGCUGGCUGCCAAGGUAUAGAAUUCCUCAAACCGCUCGUCUCUACUGCACCACUCAACAAAGUCUAUCAACUGGUUCGCUCUGUUAGCGCGCCUCUGACCGAAGAUCGUUUUAUGCAUCCUGACAUCGAAGCAAUUAUUCAAUUGUUGAGAGAUAAUAAGGUCUGGGAAUGUGUACGGCCGCAUCUGAAGACGCUGAAGGAAAUGGAAGAGCUGGACCCAGAUGCGCUCCGUAUUGACGCCAAAACCCCUACUGGCAUUGUGAUGUCCGAAAGGCUUGAGACACCGGCAACCGGCUCUGAUGAACACUGCUCUGAUCAUGAACAACCGCACUGA